GGCGCUGGCUGCCCCGCGAGGGAGGACUAUGAAGCUUCCGAACAUCCUGCUCACCGGUACACCAGGGGUUGGAAAAACCACGCUAGGCAAAGAACUUGCAUCAAGAUCAGGACUGAAGUACAUUAAUGUGGGGGAUUUAGCUAAAGAAGGGCAGUUAUAUGAUGGCUACGAUGAAGAAUACAGUUGUCCGAUUUUAGAUGAAGAUAGGGUCGUUGAUGAGUUAGAGAAUCAGAUGAGAGAAGGUGGCGUUAUUGUCGAUUACCAUGGCUGUGAUUUCUUUCCGGAACGUUGGUUUCACAUAGUUUUUGUGUUGAGAACAGAUAACAGUAUACUGUACAAAAGACUUGAAACAAGGGGUUACAGUGAGAAGAAGCUGCAAGACAACAUUCAGUGUGAGAUUUUCCAAGUUCUUUAUGAAGAAGCCAGAGCCUCUUACCGAGAAGAAAUUGUGCAUCAGUUGCCCAGUAAUGAACCAGAGCAGCUGGAGGAUAACAUCAACCAAAUUUCAAAAUGGAUUGAGCAGUGGGUCAAAGAUCAUAACACUUAAAUUAGAGACUGGCUAGCCAGGUGCGGUUGGUGCACACCUUUAACCCUAGAUCUUGGGAGGCAGAGGCUAGUCUACA